GUGCGCCGUCGCUGCCGCCACCACUGUCGCCAUGAACAGCGUAGGGGACGCUUGCACAGACAUGAAUUGCGAGUACGACCAGUGCUUCAAUCGCUGGUUUGCCGAGAAGUUUCUCAAGGGGGACGUCUCCGGGGAUCCGUGCACCGACCUCUUCAAGCGCUACCAGCAGUGUGUUCAGAAAGCAAUAAAGGAGAAAGAGAUUCCUAUUGAAGGACUGGAGUUCAUGGACCAUGGCAAAGAAAAGCCUGAAAACUCUUCUUGACCUUGACAGUCGCCUUGAAAAUGGAUUCCUCAAAUCAGGAAAUUGAGAAUUCUGGAUUUUGUCAACUAAAGGGUGAAAAUAGCCAUCAGAUUUGAUGAGGAAUUUAGAAGAGGAGUUUUAUUUCCUCUUCCUUGAUGUUUUCCUCUCACUUUUAAAACGUGAUCAACUCUUUUCUUUGAGAUGAUUUCUCACUUGCUCUGGCAUCUUGCAGGAACUCAAUGUGCUAAAAUUGAAUAAUUUCUUGGAGUUAUGGUUGCAAUAUUUAGUCUGGGAUCAGCUUUACAUAUACCUUCUAUGUAGAUAGUGAUAAACUAGUCAGGAUGAUCAAGGUUGCCUGACCUCUUGAUUUUUGCUGCAAAGGACAUUAUGUACACUAUCCUGGGGUCAUUGUUGAUUAAUGCAAUUGGUUAGGACCUCUUUUUUCUCUCAGGGAACUAAUGCUGUGAAAAGGGAUCUGGGCGCAACAGUUUCAAUCAAUGCUUGGGAGCACAGUUUUAUUUUUAUAUAUUAUAGUAACUAAUGGUUAAGAUGACUGGUGGCCUGGAGUAGCAAAAGAGGAAGACGGCUUUUAACAGACGGAUGGUUCCCUGCCUUAACGAGAGGCGUCAGAUUAAAAUGUGAAAGCUUCAAGAAUGUUGAAGUGAACACCAUCUCAACGCUCACAGUGUAGUUCAGGAAUUAAGAUACUUGGAGUAGCUGUGGAGGAAGAACCUAAAUUGCAAAGAUUUGCGGCUGCCAGCUUUCAACCCAAGUCGAUGAAUUAAGUCUACCUGCAUAUCAUAAAAAUGCUGCAUCUGAUUAAAUGGGGGAGAAAAGGUGUUUGCUUUAUUUGCCUUGUUAACCCACCUUGCCGAGUAAUGUCUGUAAUCAUGAAGAUGGAAUAAAUUGGAACAUUUAGUUUCUAUCAUUA